AUGGACGUUCCCGGCGUGGCCCUGAUCACCGGGGCGGCUUCUGGUAUUGGUGCCGCUUGCGCCCAUACGUUCGCUCGCGAUGGAUGCUCAGGUCUGGCGCUUCUAGACGUCAAUGGACCCGCUCUCGAGAACCUCAAGGCCGAGAUUCUCGCCGCGCGUUCCUCCCGGGACCAACAGCUGCAGCACCCUCCAGCCAGUGCCGACAAACCUCCAUUCCGCAUCGAGACCUACAUGUGCGACGUCACCUCCGAAGCUGAUGUGGCCGAGACUCUGACGCAGGCCGCUGAGACCUUCACCCGCCUCGAUUACGUUGUCUCCGCGGCAGGCAUAGCCAAGAAGCACGCAGGCGGUGCAGCACACGCAACCCUACCCGACUGGCAGCGCGUGCUGGACGUCAACCUCACGGGCACGUUCCUCGUGCUGCGGACCGCAGCACAGAUCAUGCUGACGCAGGCCCCGCUGCGCUCCAGCAUCGAUGGCCGCGAGCUGCAGCGCGGCGUCAUCGUCAACUUCUCGUCCAUCCUGGGGGCUGUCGGUGUGCCGCUGAGCACUGCUUAUACGGCGAGCAAGCACGGUGUGUUGGGCCUGACGCGCACGGCGAGCGAGGAUCUCGCGGCCCAGGGUGUGAGGAUCAAUGCUGUCUGCCCUGGGUAUACGGAGACGCCGAUGACGAUGGGUGAUGCGGUGGUCAAAGAGGCAAUGGACGAGAGGGUUAGGACGAUGGUGCCGAUGGGGAGGAUGGGCAGACCGCAGGAGAUUGCAGAUGGGGUGGUGUAUUUGGCCGGGGGACGAAGUAGUUUCGUUUGUGGGAGUGCAUUGUUCGUUGACGGAGGUUAUACACAACGCUAA